UAAAAAGGUCAUCACUAGGAAUGCUUGGGUUGGACAGACAUGAAAAGUGAAGAGCAAGAUCUUUCUAGUCCCCACAUCAUCAUGCUUUACUUGGCAAAGCCUCCAGUAAUUGAGCCAAAGGAUCCGGAACAGCUGCUAAUGCAGACACCCCGGGGAAACCCGCUGCUGCUCUCCCACACCCUACAAGAGCUGUUGAGCAAGGACACUGUGCAGGUGGAACUUAUACCUGAGAAGAAGGGCCUCUUUCUGAAACAUGUGGAGUAUGAAGUUUCCAGCAAGCGCUUCAAGUGCUCUGUGUACAGGCGAUACAAUGACUUUGUGGUAUUCCAGGAGAUGCUGCUUCAGAAGUUCCCAUAUCGUAUGGUGCCUGCACUUCCUCCAAAGAGAAUGCUGGGAGCUGACCGAGAAUUCAUAGAGUCUAGGCGGCGGGCUCUGAAGCGUUUCAUUAAUCUGGUGGCUCGACAUCCCCCUUUCUCAGAAGAUGUGCUCCUGAAGCUCUUUCUCUCCUUUAGUGGCUCGGAUGUGCAGAACAAGCUGAGGGAGUUGGUCCAAGGAGUGGGAGACGAGUUCAUGAUUUGCCAACUAGCCCCCAGGGCCAAGGACUUCCUUCCAGCCGACAUCCAGGCCCAAUUUGCUGCCAGUCGAGAGCUUAUCCGAAACAUCUACAACAGCUUCUACAAACUGCGGGACCGUGCGGAAAGAAUAGCUUCCCGAGCCAUUGAUAAUGCCUCAGAUCUUCUCAUAUUUGGAAAGGAACUAAGUGCUUUGGGCUCAGACACUACACCACUUCCCUCCUGGGCUGCUCUCAACAAUAGCACGUGGGAGACUCUGAAACAGGCCUUGAAAGGCUUGUCUGUUGAAUUUGCGCUGUUGGCCGAUAAGGCUGUACAGCAGGGAAAACAGGAAGAGAGUGAUGUGGUGGAGAAGCUGAACCUUUUCCUGGAUUUACUCCAGUCCUAUAAAGAUCUGUGUGAGAGGCAUGAGAAGGGAGUAUUGCACAAACACCAGCGAGCUUUGCACAAGUACAGCAUGAUGAAGAAGCAGAUGAUGAGUGCCACUGUGCAGAACAAGGAGCCAGAGUCCGUGGAACAGCUGGAGUCACGAAUUGUGGAGCAAGAGAAUGCCAUCAUGACCAUGGAGCUGCGGAAUUACUUUUCUUUGUACUGCUUGCACCAGGAGACACAGCUAAUCCAUAUCUACCUGCCUCUCACUUCCCACAUCUUGGGAGCUUUUGUCAACUCCCAGAUCCAGGGCCAUAAAGAGAUGAGUAAAGUUUGGAAUGAACUGAAGCCAAAGUUGAGCUGCCUGUUUGUGGGACCCCACAACAUGCCAACACCACCACUGUCACCCCCAGAGGGCAACUUUUUUGCCAAUUAAUGCUCUGAGAUCUGACAUUGACCAAGUCAAAGUGCGGUCACGAGAGGGGUAUGACCUCUAUCUCCAGAUAUUAAAAGGAAUCCUCCAAACAGCUAUUUUUAUACUGCUGCUUUGAGCUGCUCUCUGACUUAUGGACAGACUGGAAACAGAAGCACAUACCAGAGAGAGAGACAAUCUCCUGAUUUUUUGUUCUUUAUUUUGAAGUGCCCUGGGGCACGACUGAGAUUCAUUGCCCCAGACGCCCUCUGCCUAAGGACUGGAAGUGGCUUGGUACAUCACGUGCUGCAGUUCAGCUGUUGCUGAAGUCCCAUGCUGCUCAUACUAACUGCCCUUUUACAGCUAUCAACACAUAUACUGCCAAUGUGUAAAGUGCUGAGACGCACAGGAUGUCUGAAGCAUUCCUUGCUAUUUAAGCUUGGGCCCCAAUCUAGAGGCAUAUGUGGGUAAGAAUUGCUGAAGGCUAGCCUCCCUUUCUCCCUAAGUUCAUUGGUUAGGUGUUUGAUUUCACAUUGCUAGAUCCACAUGCAAAACAGGGGAAAGCUUCUGGUUGGAGGAUAUGAUGUUUCCCAGUGUGGGAGUUGAACUCAUGUCUCAGGAGAGCAUAGGGCAGUAGUAAUGUGUGGCCAAAGAGGACCUUGUUGAACAGCAUUUCUUAUGGGAGUCUGCCGGUCACGUGUAGAAAAUAGCUGAUUGAAACUAUGAUACAUCCCUUAGAAAGGGAUAACUUUUCAUACUGUUGAAGCAGGACAGCUCUAGGGUGAUCAACUUUCCUGGGAAGAGCUGGAGUCUUCACUCCUGGGUGUCUGUGUUACAUGCUGGUAUCCUCAGAGGACGGCUGCCUGUAAGAGCCCGACCUGGCUAAGGCUGGUGUUCCCUCUGAUCUACUAUCAAUUGUUAACCUAACCAGGACAGGACUGAAAAUGUUCAGUUCAUCAGCAAGAGUCAGUAUUUAUCAUGGUGAUGCUGCCACUCUUUUUUUUCUGGCAGUACCACCAUGAUCGUCACCUCUUGAAGAUGAAGACAAACACCUUGAGGUGAAGGAGGCAGUAAGCUUCAAGUGAGUAAAAAGGAAACACACUUAACUAGGAAGAAUGAGCUGUCAAAUUUGGACCAUAAUUAUUUCCCUAUUCUAGGUAACUUGCCCAUUAAGGGGGAGAGGGGGCGGUAUAUUCAAUUUUUCUAAUUCGAGAAUUCUGAUUCUUAUAGCGAUGGCUAGUUUCUGCUGCAAGAGGAGCUAUGAUUGAAAUAACCAAAGUUACUUGACAUAUGUCAAUAAGCUAAUCAGUGUUCUAGUGUCUGGGACAGGCAGGGCCCUUCCAACUUUGAGAAACCACCACUGUGGGACAGGGGCUACACUAGAUUGUCCUACAAAGGACACUGAGUUUGUCUACACUGCAAUCAUCAGAUGUGACUACAGCAUGUGUAGGCAUAGCCAAGCUCGCUUUACCCUACCUAGCUCAGCUACUGGGAGCAGUGAAGCCCUGGCAGUGCACAAUUCAGCGCUGACUGUACAAAUGUGUCCAGAACCUGGGUGAUUACUUGGAAUGACUAGCCCCUGCUGAAACUCAUGCUGCCAGGGCCAGUGCAACCAUUUAGGCAGACUAGGCGGUUGCCUAGGGGGCCGAGAUUUGAGGGCGCCAAAAAGCA